CAGUUGGUGUGUGCGUGACAAAUAAUAGACAAAAUAAAUUAUUAUUAUUAUCAAUCUAACCACAACGAAAAAGUAAAAAAAAACUCGUCACCGGGCAAAUAUUAAACAAGUUGUUAAUAAAAUUAAAUUAAAUUCAAUAAUAAAUUAAUGUAAAUAAGUAAAAAUUAUUAAUUAAUUAAUUAUUUGAAAAUAAUUAACAUCAUAAUGUUUUCAAAUUGGUCCUUACUGCACUUGAUGGAUCACGAUUUUCACAAGAAAUAUAUGCUACAAGAACUUCUUGUUGUAAUAUGGAUUUUAUACAUUUGGGAAGUGUAUCUAAGUAUUCGUCAGAGAAAACUUAUGAAACGACUUGAUAAAUUACCAUCAAGCCUCGAGGGAAUAAUGACUGAAGAUGUUUAUCAAAAAGCACGACUUUAUGCACUUGAUAAAAAUCUUUUUGGCAAUAUUAAUGAUUCUUGUUCAACAAUAAUAAAUACAGCAUUUAUUUUAUGUUAUUCAUUUCAUUAUUGUUGGAUUUUAAGUGGUGAUAUUGUAAAAUUAAUGGGUUUAAAUUCAAAUGAAAUACUUGAAAGUUCAAUAUGUUUAUUUAUAAUGAGUACAUUAUCAUUUUUUAUUGAUUUACCAUUUAAAAUAUAUAAUACAUUUGUACUUGAAGAAAAACAUGGUUUUAAUAAACAAACUGGUUUAUUUUUUAUAAAAGAUCAAAUACUUAAAUUUACAGUAUCACAAUUAAUUGGACCAAUAUUUUUAUCUGGUUUUAUUUGGAUUGUACAAAAUGGUGGUGAUUAUUUCUUUUUUUAUAUAUGGAUAUUUACUGUUGUAUUGACAUUAUUUAUGUCAAUAAUAUAUCCAGAAGUUAUUGCACCAUUAUUUGAUAAAUAUUCACCAUUACCAGAGGGUGAACUUAAAACUAAAAUUGAAGAACUUGCUGCAUCACUUAAAUUUCCAUUAUAUAAAUUAUAUAUUGUUGAAGGAUCAAAACGUUCAUCACAUAGUAAUGCAUAUAUGUAUGGUUUUCAUAAACACAAGAGAAUUGUAUUAUUUGAUACACUUGUUAAAGAAUAUUGUAAAGCUAAUGAAAAAAGUGAUAGAGAAUUUGGUUGUGAAAUUGAUGAAGUUGUUGCUAUUUUGGCACAUGAAUUGGGACACUGGCAAUUUAAUCAUACAAUCAAAGGAUUGGCAUUGGCACAAAUAAGCUUUGUUAUGAAUUUUGUACCAUUUGCAAUGUUACUUAAUUAUCAACCAAUGUAUGAUGCAUUUGGUUUUACAGACUGUCGACCAAUUUUCAUUGGUCUUAUUAUUGUCGUUAUGUUUAUUCUUACUCCUCUUAAUACGAUGUUUGGUGUAUUUGUAACAAUAAAUUCAAGACGUUUUGAAUUUCAAGCUGAUGAAUUUGGUAAAAAACUUGGAUAUGGAGGUCAACUAAAGAAGGCAUUGAUUAAAUUGCAAAAAGAUAAUUUGUCAUAUCCAUUAUUUGACAAAUUAUAUUCCGGCUGGCAUCACAGUCAUCCACCACUACUUGAAAGACUUGAACACUUAGACAAAGAAGACUAAAUGGCGAGUAAAAAUUAUUCAUUGCUAGGUGAAAAAACAAAAAACAAUUAUUUCUAAUUUUUUUUUUUUUUUUAUCUUAAUCAAUUUCUCAAUGUGCUUUAUUGUUUUCUUGAUGUAUUUAUAUAAUUUUUGAUAACAUGGAAAUUGUUUUCAUGGACCAAAGAUGAUUCCUUGAUUUUGAUAAUUUUUUUAUUUAUAAAUAAAAUCAAUUUUCAUAAUUUUCAAUUAUAUCUGAUAUUGCAUUCAACCAUACAACAA